AUGAAGCAGCGACUUUCACCGCGCAGCUGGUCUCUUCGCAAGAAGGCCAUUGCGUCCCCCGAUCUAGUAAUCGGCACGGCCAUUCUAGCGGUCCUCUUCAACUUUAUCCAAGGCGCAAAAGCACAAGACUACCCAGACUAUUCCCCCCUGAGAUAUCAGCUACUCCACACCUACGAAGGCCCCUCCUUCUUUGACAAUUUCAACUACUAUUCCGACAGUGAUCCAACGGAUGGCUUCGUGACAUACGUGACCAAAAACAUCUCUGAAGCUCUCAAUCUCACCCACGCCACUGACACAACAGCCACUCUCCGCGUAGACGCAUCCACCCCCAAUCCAGCCGACGGCCGUAACUCCGUCCGCGUCGAGUCCAAGGCUACAUACGACUCGGGUCUUUUCGUCUUCGACAUUAUCCACACCCCCUACGGAUGCGGUACAUGGCCAGCGCUGUGGUUAACGGACGGUGCUAAUUGGCCCACAAAUGGUGAGAUUGAUAUUCUCGAGUCGCAUAAUCAUGGUGCACAUGGGAAUGAAAUGUCCCUGCAUACCACUGCGGGCUGUGAUAUGAACGUUGAGCGUCGACAGGCUGGGACGUCGAUGGAUGGGAACUGUGAUAUUGGGGCUGCUGGGAAUGCCGGCUGUGCUGUGAUAGGUGAUCCGUCGACUUACGGGGUCGAAUUCAAUACUGAGGGUGGUGGGGUUUACGCGUUGGAACUUCGCACUGCAGGAAUUCGGAUAUGGAAUUUCCCUCGCUCCUCGAUUCCAUCCGAUAUUCACGGCGGAUCUCCAGAUCCUUCGACCUGGGGAACGCCGUUGGCUGAUUUCCCCAGUACAAACUGUGACGUUGCGUCGCACUUUCGUCAUUUGAAUAUCGUGGCUAACAUCGAUCUUUGUGGGCAAUUGGCGGGGAUGUCGUCGCAUUAUACUCAAAUGUAUGGAUGUCCGGGAUCGUGCGCUGAUUUUGUGGCGAGUAAACCCUCUCAAUUUGAGGAUGCGUACUGGGAGUUUGGUGGGAUUUGGGUUUACAAUGCUUUUUGA